CACUAUGAAAGAAUUCUCUACCCGUGUGAGCUGUUCCAGUGUGGUGUCAGUCUUCUGGGUGUGCCGAUGCCUAAUUUAGAUCUUAAGGAAAAUGUGGAACCUGACGUUUUUCUCACUGAUACCCAAACUUCUCCCAAAACUGGCGCCAGGAUGAAUCAUUGGCCGAAGAGAACAAGACACCUAAAAUCUCAGUGGGCAGCUUAUAUUGUGGAAAGAAACCUCGAAGACCUAAAGAAAGAAAACACUUCUGAUGGGCAAAAGGAUUCCUCUCUGCAUGUGGGACCUGAAGUGGCACUGUGUCACAUACUACUCUGCUUCAUGCACCCUUAGAUCCCAGGCUGAAGAGAAACGCACAGUCUUGCAAGAGAUGCAGCACAGACAUGUAGAAAAA